AUGCCACAAACGACCGACGAGUUGGAAGACGAUGGCAGUAAAAAUAUGGUAUCUAACCUGCCGCUGCUUUUCGCGGACGGCUACCCUACAACGCUGGACAAGAUCACCGAACCACAGCUGGAAAAGUUUAUACCCUUCAUGGUGCAGUGUUCCCUGGGAUACAUCCACAUCCAUUCGAUAGACGAGUUUAAGAAACCGGAAUGGUGGCCCAGUGAUGUGGAGUUUACAAAACCAUUUAGAAAGCCAAAAUCCUUCACUGGGAAUUGGUUGCAAAAGAUGCGCGAGCUUGUGGUAGUUUGUUAUUCGUUUCAUCGAAGUGUCUAUUUGCUGAGAUACUGCACCGAUCUGGCAUCAUUCCAAACUACAGCGCUGAGAUUUAUCAACAACUAUAACUCCACUACUUCCUUGUUCGAGCGUUCGACCAACAAACUGUUGGUCACUUUCCGUAAUGAGAACAUGCUGUACGAUCAGGAACAAAAGAUCAAUAGUCGCAAGUGCCUUCUGCCGAAGCAAUCCAACUCCCAAUCUUGCAUGGCUGCGCAGGAGGAAAUGGUCAUAUCAGCUGGAUUCGAUAUUUAUCUUUGCGACAACUGUGAUGGCGAGCUGUACUCAUAUGGCGCGUUAGUGGAACACGAGAAAGUCUGCCUGAGUGAGCAAGGCAAUGCAGAGCUCGAAGAAAUCAGCGAUGACGACGACGUGAUCUUUUGUGGUGAAAUCUUCGAAGAACAGCUGCCGCUCGGUUCGAUAGCCCGUGCUCGAGCAGAGCAGCAAAAGAUGAUAUCCUUCCUAUCGCAAAAUUUCAUGUUGCGCUGCACAAAAGCAACGGAACCGGCAACUGGCAGUGUAGCGGAUUCUUCUUCGAAAAGCAAUAACAAUAUCGCUGAACUGGAAAGCGUAAUGGGCGAUAGUAGCCCCAUGGGAAAACUCCGCCGUAUUCCGAGACGUGCACGGCAAGUUGUGACACUCGCGAAAUGCACUCAAAUUCCACUAGCCUCCCCACUGGGACAGUUUAUGCUGAGGAGUACAAAAACGACUAUGACGUCGGAGCAUUUGUUCGAACGGCUCGAUCGAAUGGAACGGUUUUGUCUCGCACCGCCUCUUCCUCCCGGAACCGGCCAUCUGUUCCGGCAAGGUACUCUCAGCGGUAGUGUUCACGAUGUGAUAUCCGCCCAAGACAGGAGGCUACCGAAGUGGUUGACAAGCAAGCCUAAAUCAGGCAGUGGCUCCAGUGGGGUACCGUUAACGUUCAAACGAAACGUUGAUGAAACGUACGAACCAUCGAAUCAUCAGUACAAGUUCCCUCGCCGGCAGUUUUCCACCAAACAUCGGAUGGAAAAUUUCUUAUUCUACAACAAACUUCUACUGAAGCGCUGCCUACCGUGCGCAGUAGUAAUGAAAAGACUGACGCCUGCGGAAGUGGAGGAGCUUUCACUUCUGCCUGGUAUAGAACGGCAGAAGCGAGAAGCCGAACAAGCUGCAAUCUUCGAGCGACAGCGGCGGAAAGAAUUGGCCGAGAGCGCGAUGAUCAUCGAUAGCAUCAAUCUUUGCUCCUCGGAUGAUGAAUCGAGCCAAGAACCGGUCCGGUUGCACAUGGUCGACACUGGGUCGUCCGAAAAUAAUACCUCUUCUAUUGACUAUUACAUCAGAAACGUUGUACAGCCGAUCGAGGUGGAAAUGGAAGAUGCAGAGAGCUUGAGUAGCGACACUAACGCAUCGGCGCCCAGUCUCUCUGUACAUUCUCUGUCACAAAUAAAACCCAGCUACGUCUGUAUUCCUCUAGCAACGCCACCGGGACAGCCACGGAGUCCCAUUAUCGCUUCGCUGCUUAGUGAAAGCACGUUUCGGUUAAACCACUCAGUGCUCGUUGGGCAUGGUAACGGCAGAGGUCUGGAAGGAGCCCUGCAACCCCUCGCUGCACCGAUGUACCUGAAUGCAAACUGCAGCCAAACACCGGUCGGUGUUCCAGGCGAUGGCCAGAUAGCUAACGGGAACCGUUUGGUGUCGAAAAAAGGAACCGCCAAUGUGCUGUUGAAGGAGAAUCUGCUAAAUGGAUUCGGAACCGACACGAGCGAUGAUACGAGUCCAUUGGGUGUCGUCGGAAGUCAGGGAUCGGCGCCACCCCGCACACUGGUGCUUGCUGCACCCAUCUCCAACGGCCAAACGCUGAUAGGAACCAUUCCAGUUUCGUUCGGUAGUGGCGGCGGCAUACACGCGCGAUCUAGUGCUUCCGUCGUGCAGUCGCUUACAACGGCGACCUACGUCAAUCAAACGGUUCACACCCGGGUGACCGUCAAUCGCACAACCGGCCCGGCGGCGGCUGUUUUGCCUAGUUCCGCCACGGCUAAUCUCCAGUAGC